GACAGAACUCGAACCGCGAUAGACAUUGCAGCUUCAGCGUUUUCUCGAGCUCAAAUCCCUGUAGCGAUAGGCUGGUCCCGUAAUCCGACCACUCAUAGAGAAGAUCAACGCGGUCUUCAUCGGCAGCACCGUAUUGCACCUUCAUCGCCACAGAUUCCCAAUCGACAGCAAGUCUGCGCGCACUGAGCGGUAGAUUGCUCAAUUCGACAAGCUUUGUUCAGCAUGACCUACGAAAAUGGUAGCGCCAAUGGCGCUGACAGCCUGUCCAAUGGCAUGGCCAAUAUGAAUGUAAACGACGGCGGUCGCCCCAAGAGCGCUUAUGUGCCUCCUCACCUUCGAGGCCAAGCACCUGCCUUCACUCCCAGGUCCCAUGUCAGAGCUGCUGCACCUCCGACCAACGAUGCCCCACCUUCCAGCUUUGGCGGCGGGGGACGCGGACCUUCAUACGGCGGCGCCUUUGGUGGUGCUCCUCGCGGUCCUCCCGGUGGCGGUCUGGCCUCUCGAUCUGGAGGCGGCGGCUGGGAUGCGCCGCCUACUCGCGGUGGUGGCUAUGGAUCUGGCGGAGGCAGUGGAGGUGGAGGCGGAGGGUUCGGAAGCUGGCGCGACGGCAAGCACGUCAUCGGCCCAGAGAAUGCUCGGACUCAAAAGGAGCUCUUCGGAGAAGCCGGGGAUGGCCUCUCCCAAGGCACUGGUAUCAACUUCGACAAGUACGGCGACAUUCCAGUCGACGCUUCUGGUCGGGACGUUCCCGAGCCCGUGACGGAAUUCACUAGUCCUCCCAUCGACCCUCACUUGCUCAGCAACAUUCAGCUCGCCAGGUACACCAACCCCACGCCUGUGCAAAAGUACUCGAUUCCCAUCGUGGAGAUGGGUCGCGAUCUGAUGGGUUGUGCACAAACAGGUUCGGGCAAGACCGGCGGUUUCCUUUUUCCCAUUCUGUCUGCGCUCUUCACCCACGGACCUCCACCACCCCCGCCCGAGAUGGCCAACGGAGGUUUCGGCAGGCGCAAAGCUUUCCCCACCACGUUGAUCCUCGCGCCCACCCGUGAGCUGGUGUCUCAGAUCCACGACGAGGCGCGCAAGUUCACCUACCGCUCGUGGGUCAAGCCAGCCGUCGUCUAUGGAGGUGCAGACAUUGGCUCGCAGCUGCGUCAAAUCGAAAGAGGCUGCGACCUUCUAAGCGCCACUCCCGGACGUCUUGUCGACCUCAUCGAAAGAGGCCGCAUCUCCCUUGCCAACGUCCGCUUCCUCGUUCUCGACGAAGCUGACCGCAUGCUUGACAUGGGUUUCGAACCUCAAAUCCGACGCAUCGUCGAAGGCGAAGAUAUGCCCGGUGUUAUGGAACGCCAGACGCUCAUGUUCAGCGCGACCUUUCCUCGAGACAUUCAGAUCCUGGCCAAGGACUUCCUCAAGGAGUACGUCUUCUUGUCAGUGGGUCGUGUCGGAUCCACCUCCGAGAACAUCACUCAGAAGAUCGAGUACGUGGAGGAUGAGGAGAAACGAUCGGUUCUGCUCGACGUCAUGGCUUCCAUGCCAACUGGCGGUCUGACGCUGAUCUUCGUCGAGACCAAGCGCAUGGCGGACAUGCUGUCAGACUUCUUGCUGCGCUCCAACAUCGCAGCAACCAGCAUUCACGGCGACAGGACACAGCGAGAGCGUGAGCGCGCUCUUGAGCUCUUCCGCACAGGACGCACGCCCAUCAUGGUAGCUACUGCAGUCGCCGCACGUGGUCUCGACAUUCCCAACGUGACCCACGUCGUCAAUUACGAUCUGCCAUCUGACAUUGACGAUUACGUUCACCGUAUUGGUCGUACGGGUCGUGCCGGAAACACAGGUCACGCCACAGCGUUCUUCAACCGCGGAAACAGGAACAUUGUCAAUGAGCUCAUUAACCUGCUCAAGGAAGCUAACCAAGAGAUCCCAUCUUGGCUCGAGGCCGUGGGCCGCGAGAGCGCGUUUGGAGGCGGCGGAUACGGCCGAGGCGGCCGAGGCGGACGCGGCGGUAGACCUCGCGGUGGAGGCGGUGGUGGCUUCGGAGGCCGAGAUGCUCGCGUUGGAGGUGGAGGCGGCGGAUUCGGCGGUCCUCGAGGAGGGGGAGGUGGUGGCGGUGGCUUUGGUGGAGGAGCUUACGGAGGAGGUGCUCCCGGCGGUUAUGGAGGUGGUGGCGCUGCAUUUGGUGGACCUCCGCCUUCCAGUGGCGGUGGUGGCAGCUAUGGCGGUGCGGGCGGUCCUUCGUGGUGGUGAUCGGACGCGAGCACUUUAUCCGUAGACUCUACGGUGUAACGCUUUGAUGAUCCACUUCACCGGUGACCAUCCGUUGUUGGGCGAAUCAACACUUCUAUUUGCACACAAAAGGCAGCGGUAGGGUUUGGUGGCACAGACUUUUCCCUGCUCCACCCUCAAUAGCUCGCUGCCACCAUUCGUCUCGACUUGUUUUUCUUUGUGCUCGUCGCUGAUAUUCGAGUCUACUUGCGCUUCUCCAAUAUCCUGUACAUAUCGCCUCUCAUCAAGCGAAAGACAAAACCUUUUCACAUUCCGACGCGCUCGACAAUGCUUUAUAACGCUGUGCGGUAAGCGGAAAGUAUCUCGUGUCAAA